AUGAGACUCCUCACCAUUCAGAAAAAACACAUCGGACUCAAAUCAUCCACUGAGGAGCAAGGAUUCAUUAUCAAAAUGUCACACUGGAACAAGAGACUGUUUGGGUGCCAGAUGAGGAGUCGUCUGAUGCACUCGCCUCUGUACAAAAACAAGCAACGAUCAAGGUCAACAAGACCACUUACAGGCCAGAGCAUGGACGUGGGUGACGGUUCAGGGGGUCCUUCUAAAGUGCAUGUGACUCUGAGUCCCUGGGAGAUGCCUGCAGAGUGUGUCCUGGAGGGGCUGGACUUCUGGCAGAAAGGGCACUAUGGACCCAUCUGUAAGGGGACCCUGAGGAGGAAGGAGGGCAGCACACAGUCUGUGGUGGUCAAGUCUCUCAGAGACGGGCCGGAGAAACCUGAGGCUGGAGAGUUUGUGGAGCUGCUUCAGUUUCACUCCAGAGUGAGCAGACACCAGAACGUGGUGAAGAUGUUGUUCUGUCAAACCUCUCGUCUGCCCAUGUACCUGAUCCUGGAGAAGAGCGUCCCUGGGAACCUGCUGCACUUCCUCUGGAGCCUCCGAAAUAACAAUGUUACACUGACUGAUCAGGACUUCACAGAGAGGUCAGUGUUUGUGGUUGCCAAGCAGGUAGCAGCUGGUCUGGAUUACCUGAUGUCUGAGCACAGGCUGGUCCAUGGAGACGUGGCGGCCCGGAACAUCCUCCUGGGGCCUGGUUUAACAGCGCGGGUGGGGGGGCUGGGUGGGGCCUUCAGGGCACGGAAGGCGGAGUCAGCGAUUACCGUACAAACAACACAGGUACCGAUAAAAUGGCAAUCGCCCGAGAGGAUCAUGAUGCAGCUCAAGAUCGACAGAAGUGAUGUCUGGUCAUUUGGAAUCUUGUUGUAUGAAAUGAUCACUUUAGGCUCUCCUCCGUACCCUGAGCUGGAGCCGCUGUCAGUGUUGCCCAAACUGCAGCGGUCGUAUCGGAUGAAGAGGCCAAACAACAGUGGGGCGUCUCUGUACGACUUGAUGAAAUACUGCUGGAUGUGGAGUUUUAAGGACAGACCGACUUUCUCUGCCAUCAUCAAGCUGCUGGACUCGUCUCUGUAUCUGGCGUCCACACGUCCCAUCUGCGUCCCAGACACUGUGGACAGAAGCCAUUACAACACUGUCGCUGGGCUCACGCCGUGA